CAACCCAAAAUCUCAGUCUUCGAUUUCAUCACCAAAAACCCAAUCUUGAAGCAAUGAGUAGUGGAGCAGUUGCAGCAAGCAAAGCCUGGGUGGUGGCGGCGACAAUAGGAGCAGUGGAGGCAUUGAAAGACCAAGGGAUUUGCAGGUGGAAUUACACUAUCAGGUCUCUUCAUCAACAUGCCAAGAACAAUCUCAGAUCUUCUUUCUUUUCUUCUUCUUCUUCUUCUUCUUCUUCUUCAGCUGUUGCUGGUGCUGUUUCGAAUAAGCUGAGAGAGGAAAGGAUGAGGAAGGCCGAGAGAAAUAUGAAGAAAGUCUUGGAAAUGAACUCUUGGGGUCCUACCACUGUUAGGUUUUAGGAUUAUUAUAAUUUU